AUGUCUACGGGGGCGUCGCCCUUACCUGCGGACCCUAUUGCUCCCGCUGCCUCCAAUGGUCAUGCUCACGGACAUAGUCGUGGCCGCGGUCACAAUCGAUCUCGCUGGGCCCCACCGCCACCACCUCUUGCCCUCGCGAGCACGGAUGCCGUAUCAAAGUCUCCAAACUCACCAACCCCUGUAAAUGCAAGCUAUUGCUACAGCCACACCCCUCAACAAUCACUUUCUCAUUCCCACGCCCAUUCAUUGUCUCAGUCGACCUCUCAUCAUCAUAAUCACCAACAUGAGCAUGACCAUGACCAUAAAUCACACUCGAUGACACAGACAGAAUACAGAAGUGGUCAAUUGCAAGAGAUCGUUGCCGCCGCUCUUAUCACAGUCCCCUGGAUAGCCAUUUCAUGGUACCCCCGGAAAUGUGCCCAGGUGUGUCUUGCGAACCCCACUGCGACGCCGAAUACGCCGGGACAAGCCGUGCAAAAGACGGGGUUUGUGACUGCGCUCACUCUGUUCAUUUUCGGUUGCUCUCAGCUUGUACGGGCACACCAACAAACCGGGAGUUCGAUGGACAUGUCUGCAAUCAAGUUUCCAGCUGCAACGGUGAAGACAGCACAGACGGCUUUUUUGCAAAUCUGCUCAGUGGGACUUCCCAUUUUUGCUAGUUUAAAGGUCGGUGGCUUUAUGGUGGCAUAUUCUUUACUUCUCGCAACAGCCUCCGGGGUGCCGACUUUGGUGCGGACGAACCUGCAUAAUGCGGCGGCAGAGCGGUAUAAGCAGAAACCGUUUACAAUUGCUCUUUUGACAGCAGCGACAAUGUUGAGCAUGCUUGGCUUGAAUAAAUCAUGGGACUCAGCGCCAUUAAUGGGAUACAUGGCAUUGAUUACGUCGAUUUUUGUAUUGCCUCCUCCCUUUCCGUCGCUUCGAUUCCAAGGUCCCAUCCCAGAGCCUGGGCUUGUGGCCGAAUCCUUAUCCCAACAACGCAAGAUCUCAGGCACCGGCCAACCAGCGGUCCUUGUCACAGCUGAUGCACCUCUAGCUUUAAUCUCUGCCAUCUCACUAGCCGUGGUGAGCUUCAUUGUCUCUCGAGGGGUGCCUUUUGAGUUGUCUGACCUGGGCUACCUCCUGAUGUCUGCCGGUCCUUUUGCCAUUAGUCUGAUGAUCGUAGCCCCUGCAAGCAUUCGCUCUGGCGAGAAACUGGGACUUGGUGUUUGCACUGGAGCAGCAGCCCUUCUAUCUUCUCCUCACAUUGAGGAUGAGCUCGUUUUUCUAUAUGCAGGUCACCAAGUGGUUAAUUUCGCGCAGCGAAGCUUAUCCCUGCUCUACAGCAUUCUUAAGGAGAAAGACUCGCGAAGCAUCUUCUACUUCAUGUGCCUGAAUUUCACUUUCAUGCUUGUCCAGCUAUCGUAUGGCUUCCUUACGGGAUCCCUUGGACUGUUGAGUGAUAGCAUCCAUAUGUUCUUUGACUGUCUUGCUCUUGUGGUUGGACUCUGUGCUGCCGUCAUGAGUAAAUGGCCACCUAAUGCUCGCUUUCCAUAUGGCUACGGCAAAGUUGACACGUUGUCCGGGUUUGCCAACGGGAUCUUCUUGAUGAUUAUAAGUGUGGAGAUUAUCUACGAAGCGGUAGAACGACUCUCGACAGGAAGCGAAAUGCAUCGUAUCGGAGAGUUGCUGGCCGUCAGCGUGGCUGGGCUACUUGUCAAUCUUGUGGGCAUUUUCAGUUUUGAACACGGCCAUCAUCAUCACGGCCAUGAUCACGGCCACGACCACUCUCACGGUAAUGAGAAUAUGCAUGGAAUUUUCUUGCAUAUUCUUGCCGAUACGCUUGGAUCAGUCGCUGUGGUCAUUUCCACCAUCCUCGUACACUAUUCUGGGUGGUCUGGCUAUGACCCAUUGGCCUCGUGCUUCAUUGCCAUCUUGAUCUUUGCCUCGGCCGUGCCGCUGGUCAGUAGCACGGCCAAAACUCUACUUUUGACUUUGCCAGCCGAUACAGAGUACAAUCUUCGUGAAACCCUCGCUGGGGUCAGCACCUUGCGCGGAGUGGUGAGCUACACAGUCCCUAAGUUUUGGCUCGACGACACAGGAUCUUCCUCUGAGGAGCAUUCCCACUCCCACGCCCACGCCCACGACCAUCACCAUGAUGCCCACGACCACAGCCAUGGUCAUAGCCAUGGUCAUCAUCAUGGACACUCCCACGAUCACCACCACCAUGACCAUGACCAUGACCAUGACCAUGACCAUGAGCACGAACAUAAAAAUCAAAAAGUGUUAGGUGUGAUCCAUGUGAUUGCCUCUCGAGGUUCAGACCUUGAGGACGUGCGGCAGAGGACGGUAGCCUACCUCGGGCAAAAGGAUAUGGACAUCGUUGUCCAGGUAGAGCGCGAUGGUGAGGGGCGCUGCUGGUGUGGCGGGGGAAACAAGAGCCCUUGA